UUAUUUAGUCCACUCCAUCAUUGAGGAUGAAGAAGAUGAAGAAGACUGAGGUCUUCUAGCUGUGAUCAGUCUGUCUUGUAUCUUAAAUGAAAGGUUGCGUCGUUGCUUAUUAACAUGUGAGGAUCUGCUGUGGCCACCAGGUAGCGCUUUAACACAGACUGUAGAUACGUUUGUUCCCAUGAUAAGACGUCAGCAGUGUUUUAUCUCCACUGAAGAGUCCACCAGUCAGGUUAGCACCAGAUACAGAGUUAGGAUUCAUUCAUUUGAGUAGUUAAUAUAAAUGUCACUCUCCUACCUGAUUGGUCAGCUCUAGUCUAGUUUGUGUUCAUGUGUCAGUUUUAUUCUUGAAAUAAAAAACAGCAGCAGGUGAUCAGUCUGAUGUCCACAUCCUGACAACAGACUGAUCAGCUGCAUCCAAUAAUCAAUACAUCCUGUUCUCACUGACUGUGUAUAAAACUGCAGCAGGUCCCAAUUAAGUCAGUGUCAUCCUAAAGCUCCAUGAACCAAAAUGUUGUGAAUGUAGACACCAGUGUGAUCACUCUGUGUGUGAUUAUUAAUGUGUGUAUUUGCGUGUAUGUGUUUCAGUGUGAUCCAGCUGGAUUUAAGCCACACCCCUGAGCCGCGUCACGUCCUGUCUCGUCACUCUCUGCCAAUCACAGACUUGCACUGUGGCCUGAUGGGAGCUCAGGCCAGAGUCGCUACCGCCUCCUUAGACCAAACUGUCAAGGUGUGGGAGUUGUCCUCAGGUGAGCUGCUCCUGUCCGUCCUGUUUGAUGUGGAGAUCAUGUCUGUGACCUUUGACCCCUGCGAGUACUUCCUGUUCUGUGGAGGCAGUGAUGGAAACAUUUUCCAGGUGUCUCUGUGCAGCCAGAGUCUUAGUUGGGACAAAUCGUUCCAGUCAGACAACGACGGGAACCAGGUCUUCAAAGGACACAGGAACUUGGUGACGUGUCUGUCGGUGUCCAUGGAUGGGACUCUCCUCCUCUCUGGUUCACAUGAUGAGACAGUUCGACUCUGGGAUGUCCAAAGCAAACAGAGCAUCCGCUGCCUCGCCCACAAAGGUCCGGUGACGAACGCCAUCAUCACGGCGGCUCCAGCGAACAUGUUUCUGCCCGACAGCCGGCCGGCCGUCCCUCUGCCGCGCUUCAGCCGACACCUGCACACCUCCGAGGGCGGAGAGUCGGGGGAGGUGUGUGUCCGCCUGGGACGCUACUCACAGGAGGACGAGCAGACGUACCUGCAGAAAGCUGAUAAACUGAACUAUUUGAUGAACGCUGUGACUGACAAGUCGGUGUUCGGUGACGGAGAGAACACGAAGGUUCGAGUAGCCGAGCUUGAAGAAGAAGUUCAGACUCUGAAGAAAGUCAACAAAGAUCUGUACGACUUCUCCAGCCAGCUGCUCACUAAACCCACAUAAACACAUGUGUAUAUUUACACACUGUACACACACAGCUACACACACACCACAUAAACAUACAGGU